ACCGUCUUCGACUUUCCCUCCUUUGAACCGACAUCUGUCGCUACAUACCCCAGCACACACUUGCUGGUACCCAUGAGGAAAGAUAUCCUCCACCGCGCUGUUGUAUACGAGGGUGACGCCACGCGCCAGGGAACAGCCAACACGAAAUGGAGAGCCGAAGUGCAUGGCUCAGGGAGGAAGAUUCGCCCGCAAAAAGGCACAGGCAUGGCGCGAUUAGGGGACAAGAAAUCGCCUAUGCUGAGGGGAGGUGGUGUGGCAUUUGGACCCAAACCGCGCGACUUUGCUACCGGCUUGCCGAGAAGGGUCUACGACUUUGCAUGGCGAAUUGCCUUGUCCUAUCGCUAUAGGCAAGGCGAGCUCAUGCUUCUGGACAACGAGACGAGCCUCGAACACGUCCCUCGCGAGAGUCGCGAGCGCUAUCUUCGCGAGCUGCUCGUGCACAAUCAUCUCAGCAACGCAAGUGGAAGAACGCUCUUCGUGACAUUGCAGCGGCAGGAGAGUUUGUACGAGAUUCUGGAGGCGGGCUCCAUGGGCAAGCAUGCAUUAGCGAAAGAUGUCGAUGAUGUGGAUGUGAAGGACCUGUUGGAGUUGGGCCGCAUUGUGGUGGAGAAGCGGGCGUUGCAUGAGAUUUUCAUGAGACAUCAAAGCGAUUUG